AUGGAACGCAUAUUGAACGACCCAACUAUGCAGAAGCUCCGUGAAGAGUAUAUGCGGGACAACCCAGGUGUUCUCGAUGAUUGGGAUGCCCGACGAAGGUUCGACUACACAGGCCGCCUACUAGAAAGGCAACAAGCGCCCCUGGGUACUCCACACCGCCGUCGCAGGCCACGGUGCAUUGGACAUGGCACAGACGGCACAGGUUCCUUUUGGAGCUUGAGCAGCAAUAUCGGCACCAACAACAACAAAAUUUCCCAGAGCAUGACAGUGAUGCAGCUAUUUCUGUUCGAUUUCAAAAUUUACAUUUAUCCAAUCCGCACAAUCUAUCAACAGCAUCCCAUUCCAUUAAACAUGAUCUCUACCACUUUCUACUACUACUACGAAGUCAGCAAAAACACCUAUCUGCGUGAAACCAGUGCUACCACCUCGACCUCUGGUGACGAUGCACAAAAUAUUGCUAUUGAUAUUGACCGCACCAAUGGCAAUGGCCAAAACACCAUGGCUGUUGACGACAUCUCACGCAGCGAUAAUAGCGACGACUACGAUUUAGAGUAA